AUGUCUGUCAUCAGUCCGAACGUAGGCUCGAGGAAGGAUCCAUACGAACUGGACCGUUUGGCAGAGGAACUCGCGUCGAGGGAGUCGUCGCAACAAGACUUUUCUGACCAUGACCUUCCGGCGUUUGUUCCUUUAGUGCACGGCAACCAAUUGCUCGCAGCUGAAGAGUUCAACGUCGAAGAGUUUCUGCUAUCCCGCACAUACACCUCCUUGCCAGACCUUCGCUCAGAGCUUCGGGAUUACCUCGCGACGCUGAAGGACGAGCUGGUGAAGUUGAUCAAUGAUGACUACGAGGCGUUCAUAAGUCUCAGCACCGACUUGAAGGACGAGGGAGCUCGGCUGGAGAAGCUGAAGUACCCGCUGGAUGGACUUAAAGAGCAGAUACUGGCGUCGAAGGACGAACUGAGCGUGCUCCAGGGCGCCAUACAGGAGAAAUUGAAGAGAAGAGCUACGCUGCGAGAGGAGAAGGCGUUGCUGCAUCUAUUGCUCAAAAUAUCGGAAUCUAUCACCCGUCUAGAGUCUCUGCUUCUGAUAUUUCAACCUUCGGACGGCGAGGACUCUGCUAUGCGACCUGCGUUCACUUCGCAAAUCGAAGGGGACAGGAACCAAGGGGCACGCGCAAAGCACCUUAGUCGCGUCGCGUCGGAAUACAUACAGCUGCUAUACCACACCUCAAAAGCUCGAGCAGAGAAAUGUACAUUUGUGGAGGAGAUACAAUGGAGGCUUGACCGCAUACAAUCUACACUUUCUUCCGACUUGGACCAUUUCUUCACGGCUACUGUGACAUCGAUUCUAAUGGCAGAUCUUGCUGAAUGCCUCCGUGCUUACGAUAUGCUGGGCCUUUGGCAAGAUGCUGAAGAGAUACUGCAAAAACAAGUCGUUCGCGGGUUUGUACGGAAGACAAUUUUCCCAGGCGCACUAGUUGCACCUCCUUCACCCAUCGUCCCUCAUACGCCUUUCCAAGGAGCUUCUUCCACAGCCUUUCCUCGAUCUCCCUCAACCCCAUAUACCACCUUCUCCCCCCGCCAGCCACCCUCGUUUCUUGGCCAAACCUCUGUUGGCACUCUCACUUCCCACACCCACCUUUUGGAUGAUGCAGACGACCCUCUUGCUAGGCUCUACAAUCAGAUUCUCCGUUUCGUAGAACGGGACUUGAGCCGAAUCAUGGAGAUUGCUGAAAGGGUUUCAAUCGUUUCUAAUGCCGAUGUCAAGCCGGAUAAAUCAUCAACGGAUUCAUCUGCUGUUGCGGAUGCACAUCCUUCCGAUGGGCGCACCAAAGGAUUCAGGAUAUUUUCUGAUGUUAUAUGGGCUGAACUCGGUAGCGCGAUCAUGGAUGAACUUGGGACCGUGGUCUUUGCUUCGGGUAAACCCAAUGAAUUCAAAAAGCACUACGACACGACACAGAUAUUUAUUAGGUCUCUCGAGAUGCUUGCCCCGUCGCUGCGUUCUGUCGAGUUAAUGCGCAGUCAUCCCGUCUUCACCAGUUUCCAACAGCGAUGGCAGCUGCCGGUAUACUUCCAGAUGCGCUGGAAAGACGUCGUUGGGAAACUAGAAGGUUCCCUUUCUACGAUAAGCAUAGAGCGCUCCACAGAUACCAGUAACUCGUCUCUAUCAGGCACUCCUUUUGUAAUGUCACAAGCUGCUGCAGCGUGGUCCGCGGUGUCUCUGUGCUGGAGUUCAGAUGUAUAUAUCCCUGAGCUGAGCUACAGGUUUUGGAGGCUAACCUUGCAGAUCAUUAGUCGAUUCAAAACAUGGCUGGACCAGUCGCUUGCAAUGGAAAUUCCGCAACAGUCAACAACAGCUGACAAGGCAGGAGGUUCUAUUGGUGCUCCACGAUCAAGUACUUCGCAGACUGACGCGUCGACUGAGAGCACAGCGUCGGAUGAAGCAGUCCUAAGCCAGUACGCCACGGCCAUCUCUGAUAUCAAACAAUUUAGAGGCAAUGUCCUUACUCUCUGGCGUCAGAGCAUUAGUAUAAUGCUACCCGAGGCCCCAAAUGAAGGCCAGACAUUAAAUGCCGAAGACGCGCUCCAGCAAUCCCUUGCGGCAUUAACGACACUCAUUCCCUCGAUGUCGAGCGAGAUUGUCACCAUCCUUAGCAAACGUUGUUGCGAUGCUCUACUCCCCGUUCGCUCCAUCCCAUCUCAGUUUAGGGCGAUGUCCAACAAGAGGAUGCCGACGGAGCCCAGCUACUUCGUUCCUUCGAUUCUCCGGCCGUUGAAGGUAUUUUUCUGCAUUGGCACGAAUGAAGGACCCGGUGCCUCGCUCAAGCAAGAGUACCUGGAUGCCUAUGCUAACGACGUCUUUGAUACCGUUGCCCAGAGGUACAUGUACUACCUUACGGCGAUGCGGAAAACUGAGGAAUCACUGAGGCGAUUGAAAAAAGGGAAGAAAGUUAGCUAUUCUUUAUUCGGAAGCUCUUCCAGCGGCAAGGACGACGACGGGAAAGAUGAAGCGCGAAUUCGAAACCAAAUGGUUUUGGAUGUGGAAGCAUUCGGCAAAGAUGGGGAGACUCUAGGGGUCCGGACUGACAGGCACGAAUCGUUCAGGUCACUUCAUGAACUAGUCAUGGCGCCACUAUCGGAAGAUUCAUGA